GCCAUUGUAAACUAACAAAACAGCAGAGCGAUUUUAGGAUUAAGAGUUAUUAAGUGAGAUUUUACUCUUUUGACUUUCGAUUUUGCCAAGAUGUCGAUGGCAACGAAUUACAGAUACGAAGUGGAUCGUCCCGGAGCGAAAAACCUCAGGAAAGCUCUGAAAAGACAGGAAGAAAGAAUCAAGAAUGAUGAGUGCAACUCAGAACAGGAAGCAAAAGUGAAAAGUGAAAUUAGAAUCAACCAGAUUGCAGACUGGAUGGAAAAACAGGAAGAGAAUAGUGAGAGACGAAUGCUGAAAGAGUGGGCUGCUGACACUAAAGAAGAGCUUUCUCUAGCAAACAAAGAAUUGACAGCUGUUAGAAGAGCCCAGCUUCAGAAGCUGUUGUAUACAGAGCAUGCCUUGUAUGAAAUGGAACUUAAUGCACAUGGAAAAUCUUUCUUUAUACAAAGAACAUGAGAUUAAGUGUAACUACAAUGGGUAAAAUUAUGAGAAGAUUACUGUGAUAGGUUCUCACACUCAUUGUUAGUUGUGCUUUUUUCUUGUAAAAUAGUUGCUCCUGUUCCUUUAAUAAUGGAAAAAAUAUGAGGUGACAUAUUAUAUUAACAUCAGAUAACUUGAUAUAAUUUGUUUAAAAAUUCUUCAGAUUUUUACUGCUGUUUUAACCCUGUAAUGAUACUGUAACAGCUCAUAUACAUGCACGUCAUUGUCAAUGUGUCAGCUGUCUCGUUAGAUGUAUACCAUUAUAAGCCAACUUUGCUUUAUUUUGCAAACAAAAAUUAUUGUGACUGCAAAUAGCUAGAUAUGUUUGAUGGGGAAAGAAAUGGCGACUUUUGUGUCUGGGAAGACAGGGUGGUAAUAGGUGCAUGAUCUGAACUGAGUAGCUUGCUGAAAGGAAUUUUCAGGCGCAUCACCUAGAGUUUGUUGCAAAACAUCACGCUCUUCUACAUGUAGGAAGGGUGCAGGGGCAUGCUCCUUU